AUGAGAAUCGCCGGCCGGCUUGGAUCAUUUCUAAUGUCGGCGGUGAUGAGCCUCGCUCCACGACACCUCACAACGCGUAGAUGUUUCUCAUGUUUCCUCGUCUUUUGCACACAGCUCACCUCACCGAUAUUUUCACAGCCUCACAGGCGGUCUGUCGGCCUGUCUGCCCUUCUCCGCUUGACUUAUUUCCUGCCCUUUCCUCUUUUCACCCCAGUCACGGUGCUAUCCAGAUUCCCUGCCUGUCACGACCCAUCUCGGUUUCUCUCUCACGUCCCCUGUCUCCAAUUUGAAUUGUGGCCCCUCAUCGUUCCCUCUUUUUUGCUAUAUCAGUCAGUCCCGACUCUCGAGGGUAUCUGCGCUCAACAGAGGCCAAGACAAGCUCCCGCCCGCAACGUCGCCAGAGCCAGGCGAGCAAGCAACAGCCGCCGUGACCGCGGCCGCGGUCGCCGCGCCUUGUAA